AUGGCACAACCAUUCAUGGUAAGAACAGUGAAAGUCAGCAACAUUUUCCUGGCUGCAUCAGAAAGGGACAUCAAGGAAUUCUUUUCCUUCUCAGGGGACAUUCAAUAUAUUGAAUUGCGGAGCAAAUAUGAAAGGUCUCAGAUUGCUUAUGUCACUUUCAAGGAGUCACAGGGAGUAGAUACAGCAAUGCUUCUCUCAGGAGCAACUAUAGCUGAUCUUUGUGUCAGCAUUACGCCAGUUGAGGAUUACCAGCUUCCUCCUGAAGCUUACAAAGAGAUACCGGAAGGGAAGCUCUCGACAACUGAGUCUGCAGUGAGGAAGGCAAAGGAUGUGGUGAGCAGCAUGCUGGCCAAGGGUUUUGUCCUGAGCAAGGAUGCCCUCAAGAGAGCCAGGUCCUUUGACGAACGGCACCAUUUUAUGUCCGGCGCCUCAGCUAUGGCUUUAGUCCCUUGGAGGAUCUCACUGGAAUUAUUGGGCAAUCAUCAUUCUCUUCUACCUCUACAAGUCAAGCUCCAGAGCUGUACACGCGUGAAGACCUUCUAGGUAUUUUUGAGCACUAAAAGAAAAAAUGGCAAGAGGAGGUUUUUCAAAAGAUGAGAGAAGA